AUGUCCGCCGCAAAGUACGCCUUCACAAAGUCCCUCCGCGAGGUGCGCUUCCUCUUCUGCCAGACCUCGGAGCAGAGCGCGGCUGUUCGGUCAUUCAUCACCCGGGCCUACCCUACCAUGAAGCGAAGCAACCCCAACAUCCCCAUCCUCAUCCGCGAGGCCGCCGGCACCCAGCCCAAGGUCUACGCCCGAUACGAGCGAGGCACCGAAAAGUCCAAGGUCCUCGAGGGCCUGUCGGACAAGGAGAUCGAGGACGCCGUCUCGGGACUGGUUCAGACUACGCAAUAA